GCGGCGCCGGCCGACAGGAGCCGGAAGUCCUGGAGGAGGAGCGGGGCGGGGAGAGGUGAGGUGCAGGUGCGCCCCCGAGCGCGCUGUGGGCGUGCCGGGUGCCCGCCGCGGUGCGGGCAGGAGGAGGUACAGCGUCGGCGGUACCCAUCUGGCUGAGUGGGCCGUGGCGGGGCGCGCCCUCGGCCGGCGUCCCCGGGGCUCCGGCGGGUCUGCGCGCGCGCCGCCGCGGAAGCAGGUCGGCCUUGCCCGCCCCUCGUCCGCGACCAGACAGAAGAUGGGCACCCGACUCUGACCCCGAAGACGCACCCUUUGCCCUCGUUCUUCUGAGCGCCGCCUCGACCCCCAGUUGUUCCAGGGGCGCAGUUCCCCGCACCUUGCAGGUCCCAGGCUGAAAUUCGCGAGUAGAUAGUGGGCCAUGCUGUGUCCUGGGGGUACGACUCGUAGAAGACCUGACCUUGGUGCUGUAGGAUACGACAGUCUGGGGCAGAUGCUAUUAGAAGAUCCUAUUGCCACUUGUCUUUCUCCCUCAGUCUACGAUAUGAUCUGUAAAUUUGGGUUUGAAGUCAGAGAAACUUGUGAUAUCAAUAGCAUUGUAACUCAGAGGGGUGAAGUAUGCUGGAAGACAAUCACAGACUGCGUGAUUUAUACAGAAUCAGCCCAGAGUCUGGAUUACCCAGGAAGUGUGAGGCUGCUGGGCCCUGUGUGUGAGGCCGUCCACUCACAUUUGUUAUCUCUGACCAAGGAGCAGUUUGAAAUCUGUUAUACACCGUGGCUGCAGUGGACAGCUUUUCCAGAGUUAUUUCCUGAAAUACUUGAUGCUUUGGAAAGCCUUCAAUCUCCUGCUAUUUCUCUUAGCUUAAUGAAACUGACAGCAUGUCUAGAACGGGCUUUGGGUGAUGUAUUUUUACUGAAUGGGAAGGAAUGUCCUUUUCUUUUAAGAGAUCUGCUUGCAUCUAAGGAGCUUGCUCAGGUCUUUGGGCAGUCUGUGAUGGACGUACUGAAAGUCUUCCUUGGAUCUCCCCGCGGGCUCAAUCUGCGUAACAUCCUGUGGCAUGGGUUUGCGUCCCCUCACGAAGUCCCUCCGAAAUACUGUUCGAUGAUGACGCUGUUGACAGCGGGCUUGGGUCAGCUGCUAAAGAGUUACUUGCGACAAACUAAAUUUGCAUUGGUGCACCGACCUUUCAGAGCUCUUCCAGACCUUGAGGAUUUGGCCGUUUUCCCAGAUAUGACCUCUGAGGUACUUCCAGUGUUAGAAGAAGUGAUGAAGAAAUCCACUUUUAUAUUAAAAAUCAUGUUGCCAUACUGGGAAGAGGCGUUAAUCAGGUUCGAGGCACACAGGUUUGCUGACUGUGCCGUGUUGUUACUGCCGCAGCUGGAGAUGGGACUCAGGAGAGUGUUUGCCGUCGUUAACAAGUGUCCACAGAGACUUCUGACGGCUGAGUCAACAGCUCUUUAUACCACCUUCGAUGAAAUAUUGGCAAAGCACUUGAAUGAUGGUAAACUCAAUCAACUUCCUCUUUUCCUUGGAGAGCCUGCAAUGGAGUUUCUUUGGGAUUUCCUGAACCAUCAGGAGGGUCCUCGUGUAAGAGACCAUCUGAGCCACGGGGAGAUCAACUUCCCCGAAUUUCCAAAAGAAGCGGCGAACCAAUUGCUUGCAUUUUCCACCGUGCUUUUACUCCGAUUCGUCGACGAAGGCCUGUUGUCAGUGCUUAAGGAAAAGGCGGCGACAAGGUCACUGGUCGGUGUCGCCGAAAACUACCGUGCUCACGUCCACCCGGUGUCUCAGCUGAGAAAACAGGUGCUGAGCUGUGAGAAGAGUCUCGGGGCUUGGCCCCUCCUGUCUUUGCCCACAGAAGCCGAGGAGGCUGCCAGAUUAGAAGGUCAUUCUGAGACCGAUGCCUGCAACUCUUUACUUACAGAAAUCAUGUCUGAGCUGUGUCACCACCUGCCUGAGGAUCACCGUGUCGCUAGGGGCUUGGACAGCCUUCCUGCUGAGAAGUGGCCCCAGGUGAUCCGUGAACUCUGCGGCACCCCCGUGCCAACUCUGUUCUGUCCCAGAACCGUUCUGGAAGUGCUCACUGUCCUCCGAAACAUCACAGCACACUGUGCCCGUGUGUCCAGCCAGGUCGCUGCCUCCGCGGAGCUCAGACAGCAGCAGUGGGUGGAACGGAGGCUGCGCUCCCGGCAGAGACAGACGUAUCUGCACAUGCUGAGUAGUAUUAAGCUUCUGUCUCCUGUGCUUUACCUGAUUUUACUGCUGAUUGCGCUGGAAUUGGUCAACAUUCAUGUGGUUCAUGGAAAAAAUACUUGCGAAUAUCAACAGUAUCUAAAGUUCUUAAAGUCGAUCUUGCAGUACACGGAGAACCUGGUGGUUUACACCAGCCAAGAGAGGAACAAGUGGAAUGAAGCGAUCGUUCUUACGCGUACAGCUCUGUUGAAAAUUUGGACUUUCAGUGAGAAGAAACAGAUGUUAAUACAUUUAGCCAGGAAAUCCACAAGUAAAGGGGUUCUGUGAAAGCACUUACAGGUCAAGAUGCUUUGGGCGACAUCCAGAAACCCGGUCCACACAGGCUUUAUUUACCUGCAUGGAAAUUGAAAAUCCAAAGGUAGGGUGGUUUCCAGGGUCUGUUUGAUCAGGGAUCCAAUUCCGUUUCUCUGCGGUUUUCUGAUUUGCUGUUCCUGAGUCGGUGUGAACCUCAGGCUGGGUCCCAUCCCAAAAUCAAGUGGCCGUGGCAGUUUGGUGCCCCCCCCCCCCCCCCCCCCCGCCAUGACACAGUGUCCAGGGGCAGGGGUGCUUUUCACCCCAUGUCACCCAGAGAACUCUUGAAAACUGUCACUGUGGCCGGGACCCUGCCACCGUCUGUACUCACUGGCCAAGCUGUGUAGGUGUCCAGUCCUGAGCAACCACCGGGACACAGAGAGUGAGCUUGGGCCAGUCUGGCCUCAUCCCCGGAGCUGGGAGUGAGGUUGGACGAUCCAGGUCCCAUGGGAAGGGUCAGGAGGAACAGCUCCUGGGAGGUACGCCAGGCAGACGUGGGUGCCGGGCAGCACAUGGCUGGGAGAGCAGGAGCCCGGGCACGUGUCAGGGUAAGGAGAGUCCCAUGCAGGAGCAGGGAGAGCCGGAGGGGUGAGGGACAGGGUGCAGCCACCUCAGUCCAGCCCAGAGAGCCACGGUCUGCGUUUCUCCAGGGCUCCCUGUGCCGCUGCAGCUGUCUGUCUGUCUGUCUCAGGUGGCAGCUGCAAAGCCAGCAGCCGUCAGGGCCCCCGUGAGGCUGUCCGGACCCCAGGUCUGCAUGUGCGCUAGGCCACGUACAGUGAACUGUGGCCUCCUCUCUGCUUUGCAAACCUGGCCGGCAGGUUCUAACCCACAGCCCUCCAAGGAAGGACAUCCAGCACGUGCGUUUCUGGCUUCUUUGCUGUCGGAGAACGGUGUCGAGGGAUGGUGCUGUGGGAUGACAAACAUUCUGGCACAUUCCGUCCAUCCCUUUGCCAACUCCGUACCCGCCACACCUUUUUUAAACUAAACUCCUGGGUGAAGGCAGAGCACCGAGCUUCUGCCCCUGUAAAGCAUCCUUGCUGUUUGCAAGUGUAGACCCCGAAUCCCACAAGUCCCCGUUUCUGUUCCUGGGACGUGUUCUUUGGCAGGUGGUCACAACCUCCCUUGGCCAGAAUCUAAGUGACGAUUUGUAGGAGUAACCACUCUUAACCCUGCUGAUGUUGGAGCUGGACCGGAAAAGGGCAGACAAGAGAACCCAUAUACUUACCAAACCUGCGAAGGAAUAGGUGGGGCCUGUGCACCUGGUGAUCUGCAGAAGUUGGUAUUAAAAAUCCCCUUUUCUCCAGCACAUUCCGUGUUCCUCUGCCCUUGGCCACUUACCUGGUAGGGUGGCCCAGGCUGCUUUCCCGAAGGGUUUCUCUCAAGUCUUUCCGGUUUUGCCAACUAGUUCCCCACCAGCUCUGAUCCCUGGACGUGGGAAUACUCGGAGGUUCCCCAGAUGACCCCUCGAUUCCAGACACACUCGUCCCUGCUCCCCUGUCUGGCAGCACGCCUGUCCCUAAGCGAGUGAGGAGCAGUCGCCCACACCGUCACGGUCAACCCCUCUUGGCCUUUUUGUUUAUUGACACGAGGCAUCCGGGGAGACGGGCGGCCUCUCAGCCUGCAGGCCAGUGGGGCACCCGUGUCCCUCUGUGGAAGCUUCUCAGGAACCUUCCAGCCAGCACAGUCCAGAAUUACGAGACAGGCUAGUGGCUCAGGGACUGUAAGGAGAGGAACUGUUCCCAUCGCUCGUGCUUCCGCCACCUGUGUGCUGGCAGUGAGACGCGCUGUAAGCUGAGUGGCAGUUCGGGGCAUGAGGCCCAUCUCAGGGGACAGCAACCCCACGAGGCACGGCUGCCAGCCAGCGUAGAUGCGUCUGUCCCCCGCCACGUCCUCCAGCUGGCCACUUCGGAGUGCGUGGCGGGUGUGGUCCACGGGCCUCCUUGCUGGGCUUCUCGGAAGCAGUGCUGUCAGAACGACGGCGGUGAGGGAGGCUUUGUGAGCCCGCUGACUGAGAGCAGUCACGUCCAGGGACAGGCCACUGCGUCCCCGGGUGCCGGUGGUGGGCACCCGUGUGGGGUACGGCUUCUGCCCGCAGCUCUUCUCAGGAGGCCUAAGCACUUCCCUCUUCCGCGGUCCCUGUCCAGAGCUUAGACACCGCUUGCCACCGAUUUUCCAGUCUUACUCCGUCACUGACCGUCUAGCCAAGCGCUUUCUCGUUGCCUGUUUUCCUGUAGCUCCGUCCUCCUGGCUCCGCUGUGUCCAGGGAACGUGGACAACUGCGUGUGGUGCCUGCCCUGGUAGGGCCCCCUCCCAGGCACGCGCCCCUAGCGUUCUGGGACAGAACCGUGGUAGUUGUUCUGCAGAUAACGCCUAAGGCCGUGCUUUGCCACGGGACACCUGGCGAUCCUCCCUUAGGGUCACCCUUGAGGCUGUGAUGCUACAACUUUCGUCUUUAGUUGGUGUCAGUGGUCUUGUACAGAAAUCAAGUAGGACCUUCUCACAUCGGGCGUCUGAUCAGUGGAAACUCCGGGAGACCGUGGGUACCCGACGAAGGGCCGGUGUAGCAGGGUAGGUGCUCUGGGGUCUGAACCAUUUGCGUGUGCAGCCUGUGCCCUCGGGACACGCUCGAGCCCGUGUGUGUGUGUGCG